CUUACUUUCACUUCACUCUGUCAGUUCACACUUCGGUGAUUUUCCAAUGCUCUGAGAUGGCAGUGUGUUUUUUCUCGUCGUUGCUCACCGCACUGUGUGUGGGAUUGUAUGGAACAUAUACUACAGCAGAAGUAUGUAGAGAUCCUGUCGUCACUCCGGCGUCUCUGCUGGUGGAGUAUGGACACCCUGCUGAAGUGAACUGCUCCAUACUGAGUAAACCUGUGACGGGAUACAAGCUGGGCUGGGAGUCUAAAUCAUCACAACCGGAUACAGAAAGUGAAAAAAGUUUGACGUGGAGGGUGGACAGUCUGACAAAUUGGGAGGAACCUGUCGGUCUCAGGUGUUACUUCACCACAGGAACUGGUCAGUGUGAGAGGAAUGUAAAUCUCACCAUUUACAAGAGACCAGACAAUGUGACGCUGAGCUCUGUGUCUGAUGAGUGGAUAGCGGGACAUCAGACAGAGCUGAUGUGCGAGAUUGAAAACGUCGGUCCUGGACAUAAACUCAGUGUACACUGGUACAGAGCCGAUUUAAAGCAAAACAACACUUUCACACUAUUCAAAGAAACAUCACUUUCAGACUUGGUAAAUGAGAUGAAGAACGUAAAUGCGACAGUGAAACUGAACAUUACUGCCAGACGUGAGGAUGAAGGAGUGCAGUACAAGUGUGCAGCUGUGCUGAAUCUGGACAUAGAUAACCCCAUGUCCAAGUCACAGCCAAUCACCAUCACUGUACACUAUAAACCGAUUAUUACAGGCCCUUUAUUUACUAAUGUAUCACGAGCUGAAGGUGAAAGCCUGAUGAUGGAGUGCUCAGCAGAUGGAAAACCCAGCCCUCAUUACAACUGGACUUUACCUAAUAACACUUUUAUCUCAGGUUCCUCCAUCCGUAUCAGUAACAUCCGUAUAAAUGACCAGGGUCAGUACACCUGCACCGCUUACAACUCUGUGGGCCACGUAACCAAGACGGUGACUGUAAGAGUUACAGAAGUAUGUAGAGAUCCUGUCGUCACUCCGGCGUCUCUGCUGGUGGAGUAUGGACACCCUGCUGAAGUGAACUGCUCCAUACCGAGUAAACCUGUGACGGGAUACUGGCUGGGCUGGGAGUCUAAAUCAUCACACCUGAGGACAGACACUGAAACAAGUCUGAUGUGGAAGGUGGACAGUCUGAGGAAUUGGGAUGAAGCUGACAAUCUCACGUGUUACAUCACAAUGGAAAAUGAUCAGUGUAGGAGUCGUGUAAAUCUCACCAUUUACAAGAGACCAGACAGUGUUACACUGAGCCCCGCCGUGUGGAUAGCGGGACAUCAGACAGAGCUGAAGUGUCAGAUUAAAAACUUUGGUCCUGGACAUAAACUCAGUGUACACUGGAGCAGAUCUGAUUCGAAGCAAAACAAGGCUUUCACACUAUUUAGUAAAACAUCACUUUCAGACUUGCUAAAUGAGAUAAAGAACGUUAGCGUGACAGUGAAACUGAAUGUUACAGCCAGACGUGAGGAUGAAGGAGUGCAGUACAAGUGUGCAGCUGUGCUGAAUCUGGACACAGGUCCGGUUGUGUCUGAAUCACAGCCAAUCACCAUCACUGUACACUAUAAACCAAUUAUUACAGGCCCUUUAUUUACUAAUGUAUCACGAGCUGAAGGUGAAAGCCUGAUGAUGGAGUGCUCAGCAGAUGGAAAACCCAGCCCUCAUUACAACUGGACUUUACCUAAUAACACAUUCAUCUCAGGUUCCUCCAUCCGUAUCAGUAACAUCCGUAUAAAAGACCAGGGUCAGUACACCUGCACCGCUUACAACUCUGUGGGCCACGUAACCAAGACGGUGACUGUCAGAGUUACAGAAGUAUGUAAAGAUCCUGUCGUCACUCCGGCGUCUCUGCUGGUGGAGUAUGGACACCCUGCUGAAGUGAACUGCUCCAUACUGAGUAAACCUGUGACGGGAUACUGGCUGGGCUGGGAGUCUAAAUCAUCACACCCGAGGACAGACACUGAGACAAGUUUGAUGUGGAAGGUGGACAGUCUGACGAAUUGGGAUGGAGCUGACAAUCUCACAUGUUACAUCACAAUGGAAAAUGAUCAGUGUAGGAGUCGUGUAAAUCUCACCAUUUACAAGAGACCAGACAGUAUUACGCUGACCUCAGCUGUGUGGAGAGAGGGACAUCAAACAGAGCUGAUGUGUGAGAUUGAAAACGUCGGUCCUGGACAUAAACUCAGUGUACGCUGGAGCAGAGCCGAUUCAAAGCAAAACGCUUUUGCAAUUUUUAGUGAAACAUUAAUUUCAGACUUGGUAAAUGAGAUGAAGAACGUGAGCGUGACAGUGAAACUGAACGUUACGGCCAGACGUGAGGAUGAAGGAGUGCAGUACAAGUGUGCAGCUGUGCUGAAUCUGGACACAGGUCCAGUUGUGUCUGAAUCACAGCCAAUCACCAUCACUGUACACUAUAAACCGAUUAUUAUAGGGUCUUUAUUUACUAACAUAUCACGAGCUGAAGGUGAAAGCCUGAUGAUGAAGUGCUUAGCAGAAGGAAACCCCAGCCCUCAUUACAACUGGACUUUACCUAAUAACACCUUCAUCUCAGGUUCCUCCAUCCGUAUCAGUAGCAUUCGUAAAAAAGACCAGGGUCAGUACACCUGCACCGCUCACAACUCCAUGGGCCACGUAACCAAGACAGAGAUUGUCAGAGUUACAGCUGGGCAACCUCCACUCAGUUCUGUCUGGGUAAUGGUUGGUUUGCUAGCGGUUGUUACUACAGUGUUGUGAUCAUCUUUGAGUGCUGGAUGUCUUUCCAACCCAAGAUAACACAACAUUCUACAUCCUGAAGCACCUGCAAUCCCAUAAAAACAACAGCUAUGUGGACCACAAUACUGCAGUCCAAAGACAAAAGUGUAUAGUGAUACUAAAAUCUGUGUAGCUAACCAUGACUCCAAUUGGUCUAAUGCCAACCA